AUGAAUAUCAUCGCAUCCUUGGCCACCAUUGCCAUGGCCAUCGGCUUGGCCACUGCCACCAUUGCCAUGGCCAUCGGCUUGGCCACUGCCACCACCCAACAUCCAGAAGCUGGCACCCACGUCCAAACAUUCGGCACCCCCCGCUUCCACGUCAGCGCCUUCCGCGAAGACACCUACUCCGACGCCACCACCAUCAUCCCCAAGACCCUCGAAUCUGACAGCACGGUAGUCCCCCACUCCAUCGACCAAGAGGGCCGCUCCUCGUUCUUCGUCUCCACGCACGAAAUCUCCGUAGAGCGCGAGCCCUACAGCUGGGACUUCGAGACCUACUCCCAGAGCAACUACAUCGCCGACCGCCAGCGCUUCAACGGCGACGGCUGUGUCAACAUCCACUGUGUCGAGGUCCGCGGCUACAAGGGUCUGCCCAACAAGGCGUACAUCUUUUAUGAGGGCGAUGAUUGCUAUGGUGCCGUUAUCUUCCGUACAACAGACGAGAUGAGGGAUCAGAUUAAGCAGCCCUUCAAGCCCUGCUCCAUCCGUGUCCAGUACCUAUCCAACCAUAGCGUGUCGGGUAACUCCUCCUCUGGAUCGGAUUUGAUCUUGUUCGGACAGCCCUGGUACAAGGGCUCGAGCUCUGCAAAGCUGUCGGGCAAGAAGUGCCACAGGUUGAAUGGUCAAGGUGUGUUGAGCUACAAGGCUAAGGCUAAUCAGACCUACACCUUCUACCGUGAUACUGGAUGCAAGGGUAAGGUCCUCGAGAAGUCCAACGGCCCCAACAGCCGUACCAACGCCUACACGACCCCACUUUCCGUCAGGAUCGAGUAA